AUGCAGAGGUGGAGGUUCUGUUUCAAACAGCUUCCUGGUUCCACAUUCAGGUCAGCUGCUCUCCUCCCUCUGAGGUCCCGUCGUAUAAAAGCAGAGGUUCCUCUCUUCGUCUCAGUUCAGGUCCCACCGAAGCUUGCAGGUGAACGUCACCAUGAAGAUGUCGACUCUGGUCUUCUUCUGUCUGCUAUUGCAGGUGUACCCAACAUCUGGAGCAGCAGCUACACAACCAACUUUAUCAAUAACUUCACCAACAACCCCAACAACCUCUUCACCAACAACCCCAACAACCUCAUCCUCCUCUUCACCAACAACCUCAUCCUCCUCUUCACCAACAACCCCAACAACCUCAUCCUCCUCUUCACCAACAACCCCAACAACCUCAUCCACCUCUUCACCAACAACCCCAAGAACCUCAUCCUCCUCUUCACCAACAACCCCAUCCUCCUCUUCACCAACAACCCCAACAACCUCAUCCUCCUCUUCACCAACAACCCCAAGAACCUCAUCCUCCUCUUCACCAACAACCUCAUCCUCCUCUUCACCAACAACCCCAACAACCUCAUCCUCCUCUUCACCAACAACCCCAACAACCCCAUCCACCUCUUCACCAACAACCCCAACAACCCCAUCCACCUCUUCACCAACAACCCCAACAACCUCAUCCUCCUCUUCACCAACAACCUCAUCCUCCUCUUCACCAACAACCCCAACAACCUCAUCCUCCUCUUCACCAACAACCCCAACAACCUCAUCCUCCUCUUCACCAACAACCCCAAGAACCUCAUCCACCUCUUCACCAACAACCCCAUCCACCUCUUCACCAACAACCUCAUCCACCUCUUCACCAACAACCCCAUCCACCUCUUCACCAACAACCUCAUCCUCCUCUUCACCAACAACCCCAACAACCUCAUCCUCCUCUUCACCAACAACCCCAACAACCUCAUCCUCCUCUUCACCAACAACCCCAACAACCCCAUCCACCUCUUCACCAACAACCCCAUCCAUGUCUUCGCCAUCAUCCAGCUCAGCCACCAUACCUCCCACCAUCAGGUCACCAAGCGGAUGUUGUGUCUUCAGAGCUCCCCUGCUGCUUUCUGCAGCUCCUCUCCUGCUCUACUUGUUCUUCCUGUGAAUCUCAAACCUCAUCAAACCAAAUUUUAUGAAAAGUCAAAAGAGGAACCACAGAAAUGAUUUGUUCUUUAUCUUCUAUAGGGACUUUUGGUUGAAAUAAAGAUUUAAAGAUUUGAUUUUUAUCAUUCUGAAUUGAUGAGAGUAUUUCUGUCAGCUUGUGUUUAAGUGUACAUGCUCACAUAUUAAUGCUUGUUCUUAUGGUUCUGUUCAGUUUUGAGUAAAUAAAAGAAGUAGACGUUG